AAGUAAACGUAAAACAAAAAAGAAGCGACAAAAAUGGCUCUAAGUUCAGCUAGAAAUAUUGUAAAAAAUCAAGUUACAUUAGGACUAAUCAAGCAACAAGGCAAUGCCUUAAGAACGUUUUCACUUGGAGUUCAUAAUAAUCAGAAGAAAUCUUUGGCCCCCAAAAAUGGUCAGAAUAUAGUAUUAGUAGAUGGAGUAAGAACCCCCUUUUUGUUAUCUGGAACUGAUUAUGCAAAACUUAUGCCACAUGAACUGGCUAAACAGGCUCUAAGUGGCAUUCUUAAGAAGACUGGUGUUCCAAAGGAAAUUAUUGAUUAUGUUAUUUAUGGUACUGUUAUGCAAGAAGUCAGAACCUCCAAUAUUGCUAGGGAAGCUGCUCUGGCUGCUGGAUAUAGCGACAAAACUCCUGCUCAUACUGUCACAAUGGCUUGCAUUUCAUCAAAUGUUGCCAUGACAACAGCUAUUGGUCUUAUUAACAGCGGCAUUUACGAGACAAUAGUAUGUGGUGGAGUAGAAUUUAUGUCAGAUAUUCCUAUUAGACACAGCAGAAAAAUGAGAAACUUACUACUAAAAGCAAACAAAGCGAAAAACCUGCAACAAAGACUGUCUUUAUUGGCUUCGAUCAGACCUGAUUACUUUGUACCAGAUCUUCCAUCAAUCGCCGAAUUUUCUUCAGGAGAGACUAUGGGUCAUUCAGCUGACAGGCUAGCUGCUGCCUUUGGAGCAAAUCGCAAGGAGCAAGACGAGUUUGCCUUAAGGUCACAUACCAAAGCUCAAGAAGCAGCCGAUAAAGGUUUCUUAACCGAUAUAGUGCCAUUCCAAGUACCAGGAGUAGCAAAGCAAGUCGAAAAAGAUAAUGGUAUCCGUGUAUCAAGUCCCGAAAAAUUAGCGUCCCUGAAACCAGCUUUUAUUAAACCUCACGGAACAGUCACUGCAGCAAAUGCUUCAUUUCUGACUGAUGGUGCUUCUGCUUGCCUCAUUACUACAGAAGCUAAGUGCAAGCAACUGGGACUCAAACCGAAAGCGUACCUCAGAAACUUCAUUUACGUAUCCCAAGAUCCUAUCGAUCAACUUCUUCUUGGACCUGCGUACGGAACUCCUCAAGUAUUAGAAAGAGCUGGUCUCACACCCAAGGAGAUUGAUGUUUGGGAAUUCCAUGAAGCCUUUGCAGGUCAAAUUUUGGCGAACCUAAAAGCACUUGACAGUGACUGGUUCGCUCAGAAGUACAUGAACAGACAGACUAAAGUUGGAGCUCCCGAUCUCAACAAGUUCAAUACCUGGGGAGGAUCACUUUCAAUUGGACAUCCAUUUGCUGCUACAGGUGUAAGAUUGGCUAUGCACACAGCUAAUAGAUUAGUUAGAGAAGAUGGCCAAUUUGGAUUGGUUGCUGCAUGUGCUGCUGGAGGUCAAGGAGUAGCCAUGAUUUUGGAGAGACAUCCUGAUGCUACCCCCAAUUAGUAUGGAAGCUGCAAUGACAAACCUUAUUAACUAAUUAUAUUAAGAAAGGUCGCCAAUAUUUUUAUACACUUCUAAGUUUUAAUCAAUAUAGUAUACUUUUUGUAAAAAUUACAUACAUAAUUAUAUAUUAAGUAUCAAAUAUUCAUUACUGUAAAAUAUGGCUAUUUUAGUCACUUGUUUAUUUUAUUAUUUAUAAAAAAAAGUUGUC